AUGGAGACAGGAUUAUUGGGAGAAAAGCCUGCAGAAUUUCCAAUUGAAACAAAUCAUCGUCUAGCUUUAUCAAAAGGAAAAUUUCUAGAUGAUGUGGAGAAAUAUAGACGACUAGUGGGUCGUUUGAUAUACUUGGAAGUAACGAGACCAGAUCUUGCAUAUUCUGUGCAUAUAUUAUCUCAAUUUAUGCAACAACCCAGAGUAGAACAUUGGGAAGCAGCACUUCGUGUAGUUAGGUAUUUGAAGAAAAAUCCUAGCCAGGGUAUAAUUUUACGUUCUGAUAGUGCUCUUCAUUUGAAAGGAUGGUGCGACUCAGAUUGGGCAAGUUGUCCAUUUACAAGGCGUUCAUUAACUGGUUGGUUUGUUCUUCUGGGUUUCUCACUUGUGUCUUGGAAAACUAAAAAGCAACCUACAGUCUCUCGUUCGUCUGUAGAAGCAUAA